UCUGUAUUGACUCGGAAGAUGAACGCUAAGUACUAGGUAGGUGCUGAGGGCAAUGCAAUGCUGCAUACAUGCUGGUGGCGCUUUCGUAGAGGUACAAAACUCAAUCCCUUCAAGAUAGGCGGACUCCAGUCGCUCACACAGACUGUUGCUGAAGCCUGCUGCUGCAUGCAGCGCUUGCAGAGACAGGGCGAGCUUCCGAGCUGCCAGAAGUGAGUCAUCCUACAGUUGGCAGCACGGUUGUCAGGAGAUUGAACCAGCGAACCCGGGGAUUGCAAUCAAAGGAAAGCGUUGUGGGGCUAUAUUAUAUCCCUAAUUUGAACCAUGCAGAUGCAGGCGCAGUUGGAAGUACCGAGGAAGGUGCUGGUGGUGGGAAGCAGCAGCGGGGUCGGGUUGCAGGUCACCAAGGCGUUGCUGUCCGCCAAGCCAAAGUUUGAAGUGUACGCGCUCGUCCGCAACGAAGAAAAGACGGCCGCGGCAAUCGGUCCUGAAGCAAGUCGGGUCAAGUUCGUGACGGGUGAUGUCACAAAUCCGGAUGCCCUACAGUCCGCUUGCGCUGGCAAAGACGCGGUCGUGUGCGCAGUAGGCGCGAGGCAGGGUUGGCGGCUGCCCCUGUUCGGCUUGGACCAGCAGACGCCCAGGAAGGUCGACUUCGAGGGCGUCACGCACUUGGUCUCGGCAGCUGCUGCGGCACGCGUUCCUCGCUUUGUGCUCAUCUCUUCGGCGGCAGUCACACGCCCCUUCUCCUUCAUCCACAUCCUGCUCAACACAAUGGCGGGGCGGGUGCUGCACUGGAAGCUCCUGGGGGAGAAUUACCUGCGGAAAACCUAUGGCCGGGACGGCUUAGGCUACUACGUCAUUCGGCCAGGGGGGCUGAAUGACAACGAGGGCGCCAAGGCCGGCAUUAUAAUGGACCAGGGCGACAAAACUCUGGGCAUGGUCAGCCGAGCGGAUGUGGCGGCAGUUGCGGUUGGCUGUUUAGAGGGGCUGAGUCCGGACAACGUCACCUUUGAAGUUGUCAACGACAAGCAGAAUCCGUACAGCGAUCUUCAGCCCCUCUUUGCAAAGCUCCAUUCUGAUUAGGUGCGUCUUAGAAGCAGGUACUUGAUCACGUUGUACAUACAUAGACAAAAUUUGGGGCCAACAACAUGGGCACGUAAGUCGAUAUGGGUCGGCACGAAAGUCGAUAUGGGUCGAAAUUACUGAGAGAAGUCAGACCAGAGAUCAGCAUGAACAUCAAAUGGUUUGCAAGGAAAGAGCCUUGCGGAUCAGUGACGGCCCUUGUUGACGCGAUGGAUCUGGAUGGUGAAAUGUGUAUUGACGUCGGCUGAGUGUUCCGAGUCUGCAUAUACCCUCAUAUUGACCAUUCUCCUACCGCCGCGACCCCUGGG